AUGUGUGAUCUUCCCAAUGCAGUCCUGGAAACUGGCUUCUCUGCCUGUCAGCUUCCCAUCAGUGUAUCUAGAGUUAGGAGUGUCCUUUCGACUGGCACCAGCAGCCUUUUGGCCUUGGAACGAGGGACCGAAUCCAUAACGUAUCUCUAUGAUACCGACAACGAUGGAAUGCCAGAUGCCAAGAGGACUGUCGCCGCGGCCAGCGGCUUGAAUCACGGUCUUGCCAUUCGGAAUGGAUACAUUUAUGCCUCCAGUGAUACUACUGUGUAUCGGUGGCCAUACGAGGGAGACUAUGUGGUAAAUGGGGGCAUGGAAAUUGCUGUGCGGAACAUGAAUGCUGAUGGCAACGGGGGUGCUCCUCGUGGUCACUGGACCCGGACACUGAUCUUUGACGACGAAGGCUAUCUGUAUAUUUCUGUUGGUUCCAACAAUAAUGUAGAUCCCGACUCUCAUCGUUCACGAAUUCGUCGGGUGAUCUUGGACAAUACUUCACUCCCUGUGGACUUUCAGACGAUGGAGGUAUUUGCCGAUGGAUUGCGCAAUGAAGUUGGCCUUGCCUUUGAUUCUCAUGGCGACUUAUGGGGAGUCGAGAACGGAGCUGACAAUCUGUUUCGAUCCGAUCUUGGUGGUGAUAUCCAUCAAGACAAUCCGGCUGAAGAACUGAAUCGCUUCAAGAAGGAAGACGCCGGAAAGCACUGGGGAUACCCUUAUUGUUGGACAGAAUAUAAGCUCCCGGAGCAAACAGGGCUAGGAAUCGGAACUGCGUGGGCAUGGCCAAGCUUUUUAAACAGUGGCGCCAUCACCGACGAACAAUGUCGGCAAGACUAUGUUCCAGCAGUUGCUUCGAUGCAAGGUCACUCUGCCCCACUAGGGAUCACAUUCUACAACUGGAAGCCAAAGGCGGAGCUACCAGAGGAAUGCGAUGAAUGGACUGCCUUUCCACAGUACAUGGAUGGAUACGCGUUCAUUGCGCAUCAUGGAUCUUGGAAUAGAGACAUUCCCACUGGAUACAAAGCAGUGUAUGUUGCGAUGGAUAGUGACGGAAAUCCCACUAGCGGUGAAGUCGAUUUGCUUGCUCAUGAACCUCCUAAUGCGAACUGGGACAAUGGAUUUCGUCCCGUCGAUGUAUCAUUUGAUGACUGCGGACGAUUGUUUCUCAGUAGUGACGGAUCAAACGGCCGUGGCUCCUCUAUAGUCAGGAUUGAAUACACUGAAAAUGGUAAGCCAGACACCGCUCAACCUUCUUUACUUCCAUCCACAGUGCCAACAAUUCAAUUGACUUCUUCACCAACUUUCCUGCCGUCUGAACCACCUUCGUCGAAACCUUCACAAACACCAUCCAUUGAAAUCUCUUUCAAUCCUACGGACGCGGCAUCGACACCGCCUACUGCGAAUCCAUCGAAACUACCUUCUGCAAAUCCGACAUCACGGCCUUCAAUCGCUGAAUCAUCGACUCCUUCUACCCCUAUGCCGUCGAAUGCACCUACUUUCGUUCCUACAAAAGUUACAAAUGCCACGGUGUGUGGAGACAUUAACCACACACAUCCGUGUGAAUUUUCCAGCGGCAUGCGGUCAUUUGGAGGCUCAGAGUCGUUUCCAUUGUUCACGUUUGUCGCCGUGACUAUGCUGUGGAUGAUAGGAAAAUAG